CUUCCUUCAAAAGGGAGAAUCUUAAAAAUACUAUGUGUCGCUGUCACUGUCAGUGGCACGUACAGUGCAUAGAAAUUACAUUAAAAAUGCAUAAAAAGUUCGCAAAUUGUUGAUAUAUUAUAAGAUUUAUUGUUAAAAUUCAUUAGAAAUAUUCAUAAGAGAUGUCAUUUAAUGUAAAGGACGUAAUCCUCAAAGAGGAUAGACCUAAAACACUUCUGUUACAAAAACACUCUGAUUACUUGGCUACUUACGGACAAAACAAAGAUGAUUACGAGUUUUGUAUGACUGAAUAUCUUCGGAUGUCUGGAAUUUAUUGGAGUCUUACUGCUAUGGAACUAAUGGAUCAAUCCUCGAGAAUGCCUAAGGAAGAAAUAAUAGAAUUUAUCACAUCAUGUCAAGAUAAGGAGAGUGGAGGAAUAUCAGCCAGUAUUGGCCAUGAUCCCCACAUGCUGUACACAUUAAGUGCUGUUCAGGUGCUUGCUAUGUAUGACAGGCUGGAUGCCAUUGAUGUGGAUGGUGUAGUUAGAUACAUAUUAUCAUUACAACAGGAAGAUGGAAGCUUCUUUGGUGAUAUGUGGGGUGAAGUAGAUACAAGGUUUUCAUUCUGCGCUGUGAUGGCCCUUUCAUUAUUGCACAGACUGGAUGCCAUCAAUAUAAACAAAACUGUCGACUUUGUGCUGAGUUGCAUGAAUUUUGACAGUGGGUUUGGAUCUAAACCAGGCUCUGAGAGUCAUGCCGGGCUUAUUUACUGUUGCGUUGGCACACUUUCGAUAUGCAACCGCAUGGAUGCGCUGCGAGCCGAUGAACUCGCAUGGUGGCUAUGCGAGAGACAGCUGCCUAGUGGUGGACUCAAUGGACGACCGGAAAAACUGCCUGACUUAUGCUAUUCAUGGUGGGUGAUGUCCUCACUGUCAAUGUUGAACAGAAUCCACUGGGUAGACAAAAAAAGUCUAGAGCAAUUCAUUCUGGCUUGCCAAGACUCUGAAACGGGCGGUUUCAGCGACCGGCCGGGCGAUAUACCUGACCCAUUCCACACGCUAUUUGGUUUAGCGGGCCUGUCUCUGUUAGGCGACACGAGUAUCAAAUCAGUGAAUCCAACUUACUGUAUGCCUCAAGAAACCAUAGACAAAUUGAAGCUCCAACCUCAAGUGCUACAUAUAUAGUAGAAAAAUUGUACAAUUUAAUAAAUAUUAAUGUAAUUAACAUUGUAAAAUUAAUAUAUUUUAAGUAAAUACGAAUUACAGAUGUGUUUUUAUUAAUAAGUUAAUUUAUGUAAAAUAUUUGCUAUGAAGUCAUCAGAAUGAAGGCGCGGUUACACAUGGUCGUUAGCCCGAAUACGAG